AUGUUCUGGGUUUUAAUCAUUCUAAGUCUUGCUUGUGCUGACAAACUAGAUCGGACCUACCUACCACCCGGGGCGGAAUACUCUGGAGGUAGACCUGAAGAUAUUCAAGUACCGUUAGACUAUCCUAACAGAAAUGAUUACAUGGGCCAUGUGGAAAUCGCUAUAGGUAUUGAUAGAGUGGGAUCAAAACAAGUUUCAGAUGCACAAAAAGAAUCUGAGAAUACAUUACCUGUAAUGAAUAAUAUUAUAACUCAAACCAAACCCAAUAAUUCUGAUGAAGCCUAUUUAACAAGUUCUGAUUAUACUCCUAAUUAUUCUAAUAGUCAAAGUCCUAUAAUUCAAAAUAUUCAUAAAGAGCAGUAUCAAAAUCAAAAUAAUUAUCGUUUUCCUGCAAAUCUAAUAAUAGAGAAUAAUAAUUAUCCAUCACAAUUUCAAACUGGUAACAUAAUUGCUGAUACAAAGUCUUCACUGCCUUCUAAUACAAUUCAACCUCAAACCAUUGGGGGCGUGGACAAUGUAAUUUAUGUACCAUGCAAUAGAUCUUUACCAAUUGAUUUUAUAAAUAACAUGUGCAAAAACAAUAACAAUGUUAACCAAUAUUUGUCAACGUUGAGUCCUAUCACUAACUAUAUAUCUACAACACCAUCGCCCUCAUCUGUUAUUCCAAAGUUUUCCGACUACUCUAAUCCAAGCAAGUUACCUAACUAUAUUAAUACAGCUUCUUCUACUUUUUACUCUCCGACUACUAAAAGCCCAUUCAAUAAAAAUUCUUUGAACUUUGACGUUAUUGCUAAACACCCUGAAAGAAUUCAAGCUCAAGCUGAUAGAAAAGCUGUUAUUCUGAACUAUGAAAAUUUAUUAACACCAGAAGGUUAUGCAUAUAGCUUUGACACAUCAAAUGGAAUUCACGGCGAUGAAAGAGGCAUUGCAGUGAACGGUGUUAGAGCUAAAGGAUCUUAUUCAUAUAUUGGAGAUGAUGGGAAACGUUACAGUGUUGUAUACACAGCUGAUGAAAAUGGUUUUCAACCGCAAGGUGAUCAUUUACCAACACCGCCUCCAAUACCAGAUGCAAUUUUAAAGGUUAUAGAAAAAGCUUUUGAGGAUAAAAAAGCUGGAAUUUUUGAUGAUGGUUCCUAUGACGACAAUAAAUAUGGUUACAAAAAAUAUCAAAAAAACCUCUACGAACCUAGUUUCUUCAAUUAUAUAAGGGGACAAGAAAAGAAAAUCGAUCGUUUGAAUUCAAGAAAUGAUAUACCACUUGAAUCUAUCCAAGAAGCAGUUGAGCCGGAAAGUUUAACAAAAAUAAAUGAGAGUGAUUCUAAAAAUAUAUCAGAGCUGAAUCAAGAUAACAACCAGGAAGUUGUUCAAGAUGACAUAAAUUAUACAUACAUUAAAAAAAUGAAAGAUAUACCUGAAAAAAUAAAAGAUCAAUUCUAUAAAAAAUUCCCUGACCAAGUUAAUAAUACUACUUAUGAUACAACUAAUUCAUCUCCAAUUACCAAGUUAACAUCUUUUACUGAAAUGGGUCAUCAGUAUAUCUCUAACCAAAAUGAAGAAGCAAAAGAAUUUCCAUCUCGUUUUUCUGAAAUGCAGGGUAUAAGAAAUAAAAAUAAGCAACAGGUAAAUGUUACACCAAAACCUUUUAUGACUCCUUAUGUAUCACGAAAUAGUAAUGAAGACGAUGAAAUGGAAACUUCUGACAGUAAAGAAAAGAUAUAUGAAAAACCAGGACAAUUCUUUAAUGAUGGUUCUCAGUCGAAUCAUAAUAAUGCUGAAUACCCAGAUGAAGAUGGUUUAAAAAAACAAGUCAAUUUUUCUGAUAUUUCUAAGAGUAAUGAUAGCUUUAAAUUGACAAAUAAUGGAUAUUUUUACCCAAAAGUGACGAAUUCAGAAGAGACACUCUUCUCGCAAUAUGUAAAUCCAUAUUUGCCCAUAUCAUCAAAUGGGCCUCUUGGAUUUUCUUCACAAUCCGCAAAACCAAAUUUUGAUCAAUAUUACUCGGGUACGUCCCAAUCGACUACUACACCUAGUAGUACAACAAUAAAAGAAAAAGGAAGUGAAAAUCUAAAUCCUACUUCGUUUCCGAAUUAUUCAACUACCAAACUUGACUUCGUAAACGAAUAUGGAAAUACUAACACACCUACAAUUACCGAUUUCAAUGAUGCUUAUGGAAUCAAUAAAGAAAAUAUGAUUAAUAUACCAAAAAUUGUGUCAACUUCAAGACCGGAUAUUCCAAUAUUCAAAGCAUCUUAUUCACCAAAUAUAGAUUUAAUGAUUUCCAAUUAUAGCGCAAUUCCCUAUACUACCGAUAAAAAUAUUGAAGAAGACUUCAGCGGACCAAAACGACCACACACCUUUGAUCCACUAACUGGAUAUCACUAU